AAGGAUUUCGCCUUGCAUAAGAUUUCUACAAGAACUCUUCAUUGUAUACAAUUGUCUGCAAAAUAUAUGUACAAAGUAUAUACUCGACUAGCAACUAGUCGUCCUCCAGAUAUCUACUCAAACUACCGUCAGUCAUUGCACUCAUUCUACUGGAAUCCCAAUCUGUGCUCACACUAGCACGGGAUGAAUCAGGGGAUAGAAUAGUAUUCCGAUCCUUGUCCCCUGUUGCCCUCGUUGCUAAGCUCUGUAGGAAACGCUUAAGAAGGGGUGUUUUAGGCGUGGUCGGUGUGGCUAUGGAAGACGGUCGCAUGGAUGACGUAUCAAGGGCUAGUGGCUCACUCUUCCUGGCGGCCAUAGAGUUAUGUGUUGCGGCGGGUUGUGGACGGGACAAAGAUGCGGAUGCGGUGACGUACGAAUCUCGCGGGGAGUCGGGGGGCCACAGGUUAUCCUUCGGUGGGGAGGAGCUUAUGGCUGACAGCAUGGAUGCUUCCCUGCCAUUGGUUGUUGUUGUUGUUGUUGUUGUUGUUGUCGUUGUUGCCAUCGUUGCCGUCGUUGCCCCGCUAAUGCGAUUCAUUGGUGGCAACAAAAACUCUGCAACUGGCAAAUCGUACGCAGAAUCAUGUUGACCGGGAUACGAAUAUGAUUCUUCUUUCGAUACCCCUGGCUCUGGCACCGUUAUUGUAGCCUCUGUCGUUGACGACUUUGUGUGUUCAACCUGCUCAGCGUCAGAUCUACUCUCGAUGGUCUUUUGGCGUUUCACAGAGUUCUUAGCAACCAGUUUGUCGGGGUUGACCAUUUGUUUACGUUUCCAUCUCGCAUACCACCAUGCCAGAGCCAGUAGAAUAAAUGUUACCGCAAUGGCAGCUGCCAUAGUUCCUGCUAAGGCGGCCGUGGAGGGUCGCGUUACUGGUCGCAACGGAUCUAACUGCUUGCUUACAGGCGUCAGGCCGGGAGAAGCUUCUGUGGUUGCUUGUGAGUCUGGAAAUUCUUCCCCUCGUUCCUUUUCAGUUCUGUUACUGGUGCGGCUGCUGCUUUGGUGAUCGUCGAAGCCAUCAAGAAAAAGACUAUACCGCAGGCAACAGUUUCUCGAUUGCACAUUACUUUUCCUUCGCUCGACAGUGAAACAGCCAACACUAUCGCAACAGCUUCAAAAGGUACGAGAAGGUAGAACACCCUUUAAGGACCCAACAACCAUCACAGUGGUGUCCAGGUCAGUAUCCACGUUCCUCUCUUAUGUGUUCCUAACAGAAAAUCGUUAAAGCGUACAGGGGACCUGGAGCAGUGUGCGUCGUAGUAAAAGAACCAGAGUCGCUAUGAUAUGGCCAAUGUCAAAGGCCAACUCGGGACCUUUUUUUCGGCUCUUCUUUUUCAUCUCCCCCCCGCCACACAAAAACUCCGACCCAGGACUAAUCAAACGCGUCUUAAAGUCUCAAACACAAACCGUCUCAUCUUCCCCCCACCAGGUUGUAAGCAACAAGAGGUGAAGUGUUUGGCAGACAAACAAAAACACCAUCACAAAACUUGAAACACGACUGCAGCGAGGGUCGAACCCACAUGAUGUGUGAUAUCACGUGAUUUAGUUCAACAGUACGCGCUUCGUCCCAGACGAACUGCAAGUUGCUUUCCCACACAGCAGACAUUUCUAUGCCAAUUCUUAUGGCUUCCUAAUGCGUGCAGCCGUCCGAUCCGUCUAGCUACGUUGAAUGAGCGUGUGGUGCAGAACAGGUGCACACACUUGCUUUGAGUCUCUGUCAGAUAUUGGAACAACAUCUGUUCAAAAUGAUACCCCAACAAGUGCAUGAAACUCCGGAGAGUCGAGACUUUCCCGCAAGACGAGGACGGGCAGCCAGUGGGUUCAGACUUUCAAUAGAAGAUGACGAUUCCGUGUCACCUCCUGCAGCUCCUAUGCCUGCUUCACUCUCCCCAUUGUUGGAUGACAUGUAAGUUCAGGUCAAAAGUAACAUGCAGCUAAAAUCCCUUGGUACCCCGCCAAAGGAACCUAAACAGUCCAAACUUAUUGAAAUUUGAUUGGGAUGGUCACGUCGACUUUGUUUUCUCUUUUUGGUAACUAAAGGUUCAAGUGCUUUAUCUGCUUCGACACAUUGUGCAAACCAGUCAUGUGCCCAAGCUGCUCCAAAGUUGGGUGCGAAGCCUGUGUAAAGAAAUGGCUCACAGAAGAAAAGAGCCAGUGUCCACAUUGCCGGGCUCCAAUGAUAGGAUCCCAGCUCGUUCAGUGCCGAUUUAUAGAUGACAUUGUGAAUCACCUUCGCAAGGCUGCAUCCGAUCGCGCCAAACACAAAGAUGACUUGUGUCUUCUACAUUCGGCCCAAUUGUACUACUAUUGUCAUGAUUGUCGGGAAGCCAUCUGUCCCGACUGUGCUGUCAUUGAAGCAAAGCAUAAGGAACACAAGUUUGAGCACUUGCACGUCGUCUACAAGACUCAUCGAGCAUCCGUCACUGCAAAGACUAUUACCUUGUACGAGAAAAUCGAUGAUUAUCGGAACUUGAUAAGGAAGGUCGAUGGACGAAUCAGUGCCUUGAAAACUGCACAACGAAAGCUUGAUAAUCAACACCGAGAUUUGCUUCGAAAUGCGCAACGCCGCUUGGAUGAGCAGAUUGAUUCAAGGAUGGCACUUUUGACUGCACAUAAGGAGAGACUUACGACAGAGACGGACUUGCUGGGAACCACACUCGAAACGGUUCAUAGUCACCUUCUCGAAUCUUCUUACUCUGAUUUGAUAAAAAGCAGUGAUGAUAUCAUCUACAUGAUGAAGACGCAACAUCCAGAAAACCCACAGGAAUAUACUCUCCCCGAAGUGUCAUGCGAAUUUGAAAGCGAUCUUGUACCAAAUUAUGACAUGGGGGUCUUUCGCAUCGACAAGUUUCGGGAAAGGCAGCAAUCAGAAGAUGCGGUGUACUCAGAACCCAUUCUUGUUUCUGGUUUGAUGUGGCGAUUGAAGGUAUAUCCCUCAGGCAAUGGCAAAUCGCAAGGCCUCUUCCUGUCUGUAUUUGUGGAAUUGGUGAGCGGAUAUCCUGCACGAUCAAAAUACCAAUACCGCGUGGAAUUGGUCAAGCAUGGAUCCAAUACGCUGAGCUUAAACAGGGAGUUUUCAUCCGACUUCACACCUGGCGAAUGUUGGGGUUAUAACCACUUUUGUCGACUCGACUUGCUCGAGAGGGACGGAUACUGGGAUCCUAAUGACGAUGUGUUGGAAUUCCGGUAUCAUGUACGAGCGCCUACUUACGCGCAAAAAUGUCGGGACUUGUCUCACUACAUUGCCGUACAUAUUGGAGAUGAUGUCCGGCCCACUCUGUCGGACCUGACAACGAAUGAGACGAACGUUCGUGCGGUGGAUGAGAAAAAAGAGUCUGCUAGUCCAAACCUAGAACUACAAGGACAGCAGAACUCCACUUCUCCAUCAAUGUCACUACCCCGAACCAGCAUCAACUCAUCGUGGAGCCGCUCCAGGACGGAGUCACGAGAAUCAUAUGCAUCCAGGUUUGAUACAGAUAUGGAGGAUGCCCCGUCGCCACCAGUUCGAUCGAGACUUUUCUCUCGCGGUGAUAGUCCCGAGGACAUGCUAUCCUUCACAACGGGCAGGUCCAUCUCUCCUAUGGAUUACAAUUCGCAUCCUAUACCGAAUAGGGCAAUUACCCCGCCAUCUCCAAGCGACCUUCGCUCCUCGCGAAACUUAUCCCCUCCUCUAUCUUCUCCCGGGGAUACUCCCACCACUUUCUCGAGAAGCUUGCUUAAUGAAAACGGCCAAAGCCGUUGGCCGACACGAUAUGAAGCAUGGAGUAGGGCAUAUGCAGAGGUGAUGGCCCAAAGCGAACACAGCUUCUUUAGAAAUGAUACAAGUCGCACGGCUAGAGCGGCUGAAGCAGAUCACCAUGAUAACAGCGGUAGUCACCAACACACGGCGGACUGUUGCGAACUGGAUACGAAUGUCAGCACAUCUCGCUGGCGUCCAAGUAGCAUGUCACGCGAUACCUCUCCAGCGAUAAGCAAUGGCAAGUGGAAUGUAGACCUGCCCUCCCAGCCACACACGCCUCAGAGUUGUCGCUAUCGACAAAGUAUAGAACAACAGUUGGACGCACUUCGAUGGCGGGUGAGACCUGCUGGUUCCCCACCACCGAGAUAUGGUGAAGAUACCACAUCAUCGUGGAGAACAGAGGAUGGUAGACAUCGUAGUGCACCUUUCGGACGGACCGUCGACGCCGAAGCAUCAAGCGUUCGUCAGCGCCAACCUUAUAAAGAUCCUGAGCGUCUGAAAAUGGAUGAGAGAUCAUCUUUGGCUAAUCGACACACCGCUCUGACGUCUUUGACAAAUCUGCGGAGCGACAUGCACGAAUUCGAGACUUUUGUCGAUUCGGUCACAAAGGAGGUCCGGGACUUUGAAAAUUUAGUCGAAACCAGUGCACGAACAGACGGCCCAGUAUCAACAAAUCGACCGUGCAGUCCGGAAAACGAAACCAGCAUCCCACCAUCUUCGUCGUCGUCAUUAGUGGCGACAGGCAGACAAAACACUGUAUCCCCUGCGUUGACUGCCGUUGACGGAGAGACACCCGCCACAAUGACUCAAAGAAUCUACACCUCCCGCCUCCGCCGCAACUCAAUCCCACCUGGCUUGAAAACACUAAUGGAAACAGAUACGACAGUUGGGUCUCGUCUAUCUGUAAUACCACCUACCGCCCUCGCUUUAUCCAGCUCCCCCUUUACAUUCUCUCGAACGCUAAACGCGGCGGAUACGAUAACAAGAGACAAGCAGGGACGAGAUUGGGAGCUGUGGAAACCGGGGGAAGGGCUUGGAGUAGAGUUAUGUUCGGACAGAGCUCCCCCCCAAAUGCAUCAUAUGGAGAUGUAUCGUCGGCGAGAGGUGGAUGCCGCUGGGUAUGGGAGAAGUGAAAGUUCUCCAAUCCUUGCGAAACCAGCAUCGUCGGAAGCGACAGUGUCUUCUUCUUGUUCCUUUUCUUCGGAAGCGUCCUUUGGUGAGGUGGUUGAAAGGAGUUCCAGCAGGGCGCCGCUGGAACAAGGAAAUGGGAAGGGAAAAGGAAAGGUUGGCAGUGAGCUGAGUAUCGACUAGGGACGUAUUGCGCUUGCUGUUAGUUUGAAGCACCAAUCAUCCCGUUAUAUAUUCUAAUAUGCUGUGGACCGUAUAAACGAUAUCCAACAGAAAGUGUAAUCAUACCCUCAUAUUUUGGUUAUGUAACAUAUUCACUGAACAUGAGCAAGUGGAAAC